AUGGCUGAUGUAAACUACACCGGUGGCCCGGCCAGCGCGCCUCUAGCCGAGGUCAAGAAGCCCAAGAAGAAGAAGGUCUUGCUCAUGGGCAAGAGUGGCUCGGGAAAGUCGAGCAUGCGAAGCAUCAUCUUCAGUAACUACAUUGCUCGUGAUACACGGCGACUCGGCGCAACAAUCGACAUCGACCUCUCCCACGUAAAGUUCCUCGGCAACCUGACCCUCAACCUCUGGGACUGCGGUGGCCAGGAGGCCUUUAUGGAGAACUACCUCUCCCAGCAGCGUGUUCAUGUCUUCUCGAACGUUGGUGUCCUGAUUUACGUCUUCGACAUCGAGUCACGCGACAUCGAUCGCGACCUCGCCACCUACGUAUCCAUCAUCUCGGCCCUGCUGCAAUUCUCGCCGGGAGCCAAGAUCUACGUCCUCAUCCACAAGAUGGACCUCGUCGUCCCCGCGCACCGCGAGUCAGUGUACGACGACCGUGUUCGCGUCGUCCGCCAGAAGACGGCCGAGUACGCCAACAGCAUCGGGUACCUCCAGCAGCAGCACCCCGACGACGACCCCACGAGCCCCGUGGCCCAGCCGGGCGGCUUCGACAUCACGCCCUUCGCGACCAGCAUCUGGGACCAGAGCUUGUACAAGGCCUGGGCGAGCAUCAUCCACGACCUGGUCCCGAACCUGGCGACCAUAGAACGCAACCUGGCGAACCUGGGCGUGGCCAUCGAGGCGGAAGAGCUGCUCCUCUUCGAACGCACGUCCUUCCUGGCCGUCUCGUCGUGGACCUCGGAAGAGGGCCAGCGCAACCCCACGGAAGACAGGCUGGAGCGCAUGUCCAACAUCAUGAAGCAUUUCAAGCAGACCAUCAGCCGCUUCACCGGCACGCCGCGCAACGCCGAGCAGUUCGUGCGCAUGGAGCACAAGGCCGGCACGCGCUUCAAUUUGUUCAUUCUCAAGUUCACGACGAAUACGUACCUCAUGGUCAUUCUCCCGCCCGGCGAGGCCCGAUUCAACGCUGCCAUGCUCAACUGCCAGAUCGCCAUUGAGCACUUCAAAUUCCUCGACGGCCCGACCACCAUGAUACCCCAGGGCGGCGCGGGACCCGCAUAG